AUGGGCUCCGGCAAUAGCGUCAAUAUUGCCAUUAGUCUUGAUCGAAUAAAUCCAUUCUUUCAUGCGGGUGACGUGGUAUCUGGAACAGUCAAUGCAGAAAUAAUGAAAGAGCAUGUCAAGGUUGAUCAAGUAUUUGUUGUGUUGAAUGGCGAAACUGGUUAUACAACAACUCGUACUGUUAAUCAAUCAGACGGUUCAAUAAGUACUUUUCAUCAGCCAGGCAGCGCAACAAGUACAGAAACUGAGUAUCAUAUAUCACGAUUUUUUUCAGAAAAAAGAGUCUUGGAAGGUCCAGGACUAUUAAUGAAAAAUUCAAGUAAUUUUUCCGGACAAUAUUCAUGGCGAUUCAGUUUUCAAUUGCCACUUCAACUUCCACCGACCAUCAAUAAUCCACAGAACUAUCCGCAUGCUCGAUAUUACUUGAAUUGUGUAAUUGAUAAACCUUGGUAUCAACGAAACGAAGCAGAAAACCUCUAUUUGACAGUUUUUCCUCGUGUCAAUCCAUCGAAUCACCUGGAGUAUUUGACGCCAUCUAUAUUUGGUAAUCAUAAUCGAAAAGAUGUUAUUCUUAAAGUCAAUAUGAAGAAGUUGGUCUAUGUAUCUGGUGAAACAAUUACGGGAACCUUAGUAUUCGAAAAUCCACAAAAAAUUACAUUGAAACACAUUUAUUUAACUCUGAUUCAACAUUAUCGAAUUGAGUGUGCCACGGGAACAGAAAUUAUUGUCCAAACAACCAUACCUACAAUUGUUCACACAAAGGAAACACAGAUUAUGGAAACAUUUUCUGUACCGAUUCCUUUUGGACUUUUGCCACCGUCGUAUCAAUUUCAUGGUGGCUUUCCCCAUACGUCUAAAGUAAAUGUCAAUUAUGUUCUAGAAAUCGAAGUUAAAGCCAACGGUAUAUUUACAAAUUUCGAUGUCAGUAUACCCAUUAUAAUAGCAACUGAAUCUGGCACACAACCGAAUCAGCAUCAGGUAAACUACGACACCAACUUUUUAUCUAAUUCUUUAUAUUAA